AGAAGGAGCAUGGACCCAGAAGGGCCACGUGCCCCUCCUCAACGUUAUAAAAUUUAUUUUUUAAUAUGUUUAAAAAAUAGUUGUUCAAUUUGCCCCCUUUGUAUUUUAGUAUGUACUUCUUUUUUAAGAAGUUCAAUAAUUUUCUCCCUUUAAAUGUUUAAUUUUAUUCUUUUGAUGAUACUAGCUAAUUUAUUCUCUCAAUAAAAUACUUACUUUCCUUAUAGGACGACCAUCACGGUCCAAGUUGAUGUCAUGGUCAGGGUUGGGGGUUAACUGUACAAGGGCCGGAGCACAGUGAGGGUGGGGGACACUACUGUAAGCAUUACAUUUUCCCUUAUUAUUGCCCUCUCUGAUUCAAAAUCCAAGCUCUGUAGAAUCAAAUCUACUUAAAGAAGUGGUUCUCAACAACAAUCCCACUAGUUUCAUAGCUCUCUUUCAUGCUCUUCCUCCUCUCUCCAUUGCCUAAAGCUGCUUCUUUUUUUGCUUCUCUUGUCCUACUCUCAAUCCUCUCAAUUCCUAAAUAAACUCUCCUUUCUUUCACUUCUUCUGUUUGGUUCCCAGUUAGGUCUCUUUCAUUUUCCUUUUGUAGUUUUUUGCCUUCUUGUUGAGUUCAUUGGAGCCUAUACAAACCAAAUCGUUUCUCUGUUGUCAUUUUCUCUUCCCCUUUUUGUUUUUGGUACAAACCAAACAAUAGAAAUCUCCAUGGCCAUGUUUACAUUAACAUCAGCCUGUACCAACAAUAACAUCUCUCAAGCCCUCUCCUUAAAUAACGACAACCGGUUCCGUGACGCCUCCUUUUCUUCUUACCUCAAUUGCUCUGAUGAAACCUGCAUGCGCAAACUCGCAGAAUCGAGUCAAAACCUGAAUUCCAUCAUCACCGCAAUACCACAUGAACACCUUCACUUGCGGAGAAAGGUGGAAGAUGGAGAAAUUGGUGUGUUUGGGGCAGAAAAGUACUUCAAUGGAGGAAUGGAUGAGGAGAGUCCAAGAAUUGCAAGCAAUGGUGCAAUCAAUUACCGGCAUGUGAAGAAGGAUGAACCAGUUGAUAAACAAAGAAUUCAACUGGAAACUCCAAGUACCCAUUCUGAUUCAAGUUGGAACAGCCAAAGCGGGUUGUUACAAAGUGUGGUAAGAAAUCCACCAAAGAAUAAGGCUAGCAAGCGACAAGGCAAGAGCCUCCUAGCAAGCCUCGGUUGUAAUUGUGCUUGUAAUGACAAGAGUUCAAUCGAUAUUGAUGAUCAUGUUGUUGAAAGCAAUACCAAGAGAAGUGGUAAAGCAGUUGAUUUAGCUCGAGCCAAUAAGUCCUGGUUGAAUCCCAGUGUCAAGGAAGAGAUGCCUUGUACGAAGAUUGAUGAUGCAGGAAUAGGGUUAAGCAGAGAAGACUGCUUUAGCUUCCCAAUACUGAAUUCCAAGCCGGUGAAAGUGCAUUUGCAAGAAGAGGAAGAUGAUGAUAAAGAGAGAAAGUCAUUGGAGGUGUUCGGCUCACCUGUCUUGCAAAAGAAAAAGAAGGCAUUCAGCCUAGAAAGGAGGCUAACCAUGUUGACAACAUGGGAUACCAAUGCAAGAAUGGAAGAGCUUGAGAUUCCAGCGAGUUGUGAUGGAACAUACAACGAUGAUAUUGAGAGCGAUGCAAGUUCAGAUUUGUUUGAGAUAGAGAGCUUCACGAACAAUUCCAACCCGUUUCUCGACAGGCAAGCAUCAGAUGGCAUGUCAUCGAGUUUUGUCAUACCAACAACUUGUUAUGCCCCAAGUGAAGCAAGCAUAGAGUGGAGUGUUGUCACAGCCAGCGCUGCUGAUUUCUCAGUUGUGUCUGAUUGUGAGGACCCAAUAUCAUCAGCAGCAGCAACCAAAAAGGCUCGGAAAAUGGUUCCAAAUGCCAAAGCUGGAGUAGACGGGGAAAGAGAGAAGCGGCUUACUGGAAUUCUGUUGGGUUGUAAGAGUCAGAAAGCUGUGAGAAUUGCAAGAGAUGCUUACAUAACUAAUGGAAAGGCAGUGCCCGACCCACGAAGGUGCCAUAGAACAGACUCCUUUGCACCGGUGACAAGAUUCCAGGCCUUAAAUUAGUUGGCAGGCUUUUAUUCUACAAACAGUCAACAUCUUUUGCAUUGAGCAGCAAAGAUUUUAUGUUGGUGAAGUAUGUUUUGCAUAGUUGGAUUGUAGUUAGUAGCAAGUAUGAUGGAUAUAUUGCUAGUAACAUAUAGGCAUUCCAGAAAAUAAGUCUGUAUUUCUUAUCCCAAAAAAAAAAAAAAGAAAGUCUCUAUUAGAAAUGUUAUAUAUGAACAGUCUCUUCCCUGUGGUUGAAAAACUCACAGUCCA